CUAUUUUUCCGAUUAUACUCUCCACCUUCUCUUUCCCUCACACGCACUACACACAGCGUACGGAACAAAGGCUUUCUCCCACCAUCAAUGCAACGCCAUCUCUGCUAUACAUAAUUCCAAUUCGAGAUUUUAUUGCCUUCCGUUUCCCUGUCAAGUUGUGAACUGAUGGAGAUCACAGAGGAAGCAGUGAUUGUCAAUUCCAGUAGGUUGAAAUCUGUUGUAUGGAACGACUUCGACAGAGUUAAAAGAGGUGAAACUUUUGCGGCUAUCUGUCGGCACUGUAAGAGAAUACUCAGCGGGUCGAGUACCAGUGGGACAUCUCAUUUGAGGAAUCAUCUGAUCAGGUGUCGCAGACGUUCAAACCAUGAUAUAAGUCAAUUGUUGACGAGGGGGAAGAGGAAGCAAACCACCCUAGCCAUAACCAGCUAUAGUUAUAAUCAAUCCGCGAUGAAGAAUGAGAUGGUAACCGUUGCAAGCACAAGUUUUGAGCAAGGGGUGAAAGUCAGAAAUAUGGGCCCGGGAAGCUUAAAUUUUGAUCAAAGGCGGAGUCAGCUAGAUCUUGCACGUAUGAUUAUAAUGCAUGGAUAUCCCUUGGGUAUGGUUGAGGAUGUUGGCUUCAAGACAUUUCUUCAAAACCUGCAACCCUUGUUUGAUUUCGUGACAGUUAAUGGAAUUGAGGCUGACUGCAUAGAGAUCUAUAAAAGGGAGAAGCAAAGAGUGUACGAGGAGUUGGAUAAAUUACCUGGGAAGGUCAGCCUGAGUGCUGAAAGAUGGGCUACUAAUGGAGGCUCAGAGUAUCUAUGCUUGAUAGCACAUUACAUUGAUGAUUCUUGGGAACUAAAGAAGAAAAUUAUGAACUUUUUGUCUGUUGAUCCUUCUCAAGCAGAAGACAUGCUCUCAGAAUUGAUCAUGGCAAGUCUUAGGAAUUGGGAUAUCGACCGAAAGUGCUUCUCAUUGACUAUUGAUAAUCGUCUCACAUACGACAAAAUUGUGUGUAGAAUCAGGGACCAACUCUGUCAGCACAGGUUCCUCAUGUGUGAAGGACAAUUAUUUGAUGUAAGAUGUGCAGCAAGUACCGUGAAGUUAUUGGUCCAAGAUGUCCUGGAAACUUCACGUGAGAUAACCAACAAAGUUCGUGAAGCUAUACAGUACAUUAAAGGUUCUCGUGCAACACAAGAAAAAUUCGGUGAGAUAGUACAGUUAGUUGGCAUCAAUGGGCAGAAAUGGCUGUCUACUGAUAAUCCAUUUCAGUGGAACUCGACGUAUGUGAUGCUUGAGGCCGCUUUAGAGUACAAAGAAGCCUUCCCUCAGUUGCAAGAACAUGACCCUGACUUUUCUAUGUGUCCUUCUGGCAUAGAUUGGGACAGAAUGAGGGGUAUUACGAGCAUCUUGAAGUUCUUUCAUGAAGUCUCUAAUGUCUUUGUUGGUCGCAAACAUAUCACUGCAAAUUCUUAUUUUGCUGAGAUUUGUGACAUUCAUUUACAGUUGAUAGAAUGGUGCCAGAAGUCAGAUGAUUUUAUCAGCUCUUUGGCAUUGAAGUUGAAAUCGAAAUUUGAUGAGUAUUGGAAGAAAUGCAGCUUGAUUAUGGCUAUUGCAGCCAUCUUGGAUCCACGAUUCAAGAUGAAACUGGUGGAGUACUAUUAUCCCCAAAUCUAUGGUGAUAGUGCUCCUGAAUGUAUAGACAUUGUUUCAAAUUGCAUGAAAGCUCUUUACAGUGGCCAUGCUAUCUAUUCACCUUUAGCUGCUCACGGUCAAAAUUCAUCUUCUGAAAGUAAUGGUGGUGUUGUUAAGGACAGACUUAGUGGGUUCGACAGAUAUCUCCAUGAAACCUCAGUUAGCCAAAACACAAAAUCAGACUUAGACAAGUAUCUAGAGGAACCACUUUUCCCUCGUAGUGCUGAUUUUAGUAUAUUAAACUGGUGGAAAGUUCAUGAGCCAAGAUAUCCUGUGCUUUCUAUGAUGGCCCGCAACAUAUUGGGGAUUCCAAUAUCAAAAGUUGCACUGGAAUCCCUAUUCGAUACUGGAGAUAGAGCCCUCGACCAUUCUUGGGGUGCUGAGAAGUCUGAUACUCUGCAAGCUUUGAUGUGUUCUCAAGAUUGGAUGCGCAACGAAGUGGAAGAUCCCAAACCUCCCGUCUUUGCCUUGCGCAGCGAUGCAAAUUAGCAAAAUUCUGUGCAGAUCUUCAACUAGUUUUCGGGCAAUGGAUGAUAGUGACCUCUCAUCCAGGUGUUAGAUACAAAACUAGUCUUCUUGUCUAUUUAUUUUGGCCGCCUGUUUCAGUGGCGAGAAGAAAGGAUAUAGCGGUUUUCAUGUAUAUAAUGAGGGAUUCUUUGUGUUUCAGCUAUAUUUAACUCAUUUGAAGAUGUAUCUGAUAUGCAAGGUACUGCAUACAUACCGGAUUUUUGUUGGAGUUCAAUAUGCAGGGCGAUAUAGCAAAAGUUCAUAUUUGUUCAUAUGCUUUAGCUUUGAAUGCAAUCUGUUAAGAUAAGGUGGAUGGCAAUGGUUUCCAAACUUUGAAUGCAAUCUGUUAAGAUAAGGUGGAUGGCAAUGGUUUCCAAACUUUUUACCAUUUUUCCAAUCAUUUACCCCAAUGUUGCUGGAAAAUCUGAAGUUCUCACUGACAGAUAUCCCAUUGUUCUUAACAUAGAGGUUUAUUUGUACAUUCCUUUGUCAGUUUCUAAAUGUGUAUUUAUCCUUUUUGUUUAGAGCAAUGGCUGGAUACUAGUUUACUCGUUCUUACAGAUUGUACUCUUCAACAAUCAAUUGUUCGAGCUUCGUGCUCCUUUGAGUCAAUAAUAAGCACUAGUUGUUGCAUACUA